CAAGCGCUGAGCUCAUCUCGGGCAGACGCGUCAGAGGAGCCAUAGAGCUAGCGAGCCCUGUUGAGAUUUGCAGGGCGCUGAGCUGCCGCGCCAGGCCGGUGGCUGCGCAAAGCAAGGAGCUUCCAGCCCCCGGCUUGGAAACUGUAACUACACGGCGCCUCUUCCCCGCCCGCGUCACAAGCCGAAGGAACCGUCCCGGCUUCCCUCCGCCCUCUCGGUACCGGGGAGGCGCUUCGCCGCCAGCCCUGGAAGCAUCGCCUUUUCGCUUUGCAGGAAGGACGCGGGGCGAGCUGAGCUUCUCUCUCGCCGGUGGAAUCGCUGCCCAGAGCCCUAGCCUCGGCCUAGCUGGUCCCUUGCCCCCCGGCGUGCAGCCAUGAGAAAGGUUUGCCUCGGCUUGGUGGGCGUGCUGGCCGUGACCCUUCUCGUCGCCAGCAUUGCCCUCCUCGCGGCCCGCGUCUUGCAGAAAGCCGUGGAUCUCCAAGUCACGCAGGGAACGGUGUUAAGGAAUGGUACAGACCUUUUUGAAAUGUGGAAAGAACCUCCGCCACCAGUCUGUAUGCAGUUCUAUUUUUUUAACUUGACCAAUCCUAUGGAAGUGCUUCAAGGUGAAUCUGCGAUAGUGAGACAAGUUGGACCCUACACUUACAGGGAACACAGACCCCGAGUGAAUGUCCACAUUUUAGACAAUGGCACAAAAGUGUCAUCUUUGAAUCAAAAGUCUUAUUUUUUUGAGCCAGAGAUGUCGGUGGGAGACCCAGAAGUUGAUUUGAUCAGGACUGUAAACAUGCCAGCAGUGGUUGCAAUGGACAUGGCUACAGCAACUCCUAUGCAUAUCCCUGCAGAGUUUUUCCUCAUACUAUAUGAAGAAAAUAUGUUCAUGACACGCUCUGUUCAUGAACUGUUGUGGGGUUACACAGACAGAUUUCUCAACGCCUUACACAAGUUGCGUCCCAGUGUCAAUCCAGUCUUCGGUUAUUUUAAACAGAUGAAUGGGACUGAUGAUGGCGAGUACAUUGUUCUAAGUGGAAAAGAGAACUACCUUGACUUCACAAGGAUUAUCGAAUGGAGAGGGAACCACUCACUAGAAUGGUGGACGUCACCAACAUGUAAUAUGAUAAAUGGAACUGAUGGGAGUACUUUUCACCCAUUGAUAGACAAGGAUGAAACCAUCUAUGUCUUUUCAUCAGACUUCUGUAGGUCUUUGUACCUGAACUUUGAGAAGUACGUGACUGUAGAGGGGAUCCCAGCCUACCGGUUUGUGCCUCCUGAGGGGCUCUUUGCCAACGCCUCUGUUAAUCCAGAGAAUGCCGGAUUUUGUGUGCCAGCAGGAAAUUGCUUUGGGGCAGGGAUCCUGAAUGUCAGAGCCUGCAAAGAAGGUGCACCAAUAUUUUUAUCACCCCCGCACUUCUACCUGUCAGAUGACAGGUAUAUUAAUGACAUUGACGGCAUGCAUCCUAAUAAGGAGGAACAUGAGACGUUUCUGGACAUAAACCCAUUGACAGGAGUGCUGGUCAGAGCAGCCCGGCGACUGCAGAUCAAUGCUUACCUUAGAAAACUACCAGACUUUAUUCAAACCGGCAACAUCAGAACAAUGUUUUUCCCUGUGAUGUACAUAAACGAGAGUUUUGUGCUGGACAAAGCAUCUGCGGCGAAACUGAAGACAGUUCUUCUUGAAUCUUCUGUGAUCACGAGUGUCCCUUUCAUCCUCUUGGCGCUAGGGAUUAUUUUUGGUGUUGUGUUUGUUGUGCUUGUCUGCAAACCCUUACGGGCAAAGGAAGAGGGCAGAGAUGUUUUAAUAGACCCAGAGUAAGCACAUCUCAGCAAACGGUCAGCUGCUGGCUUGAGACGACUGGGUUCCGAAGACGAGAGAGCUGCACUCAUCCGGACUUCUUGACUCCAUUUCCCCAUCAACGCUUUUCAGAAAUGAGCUUAGUGAUGACUGAACUAUGCAAACUGCUCUUAAUUGCUACCACAAUACAACAAUCCCAACUAUCCCCCCCCAAAAAAUCACACUAAUAUAUGUUAACAUUCUGCUUGGGUUUUUGCAGCAUUCAGGAAGAGUUUGUUUUGUAAAACUGGACUGCUGUUUUAAGCAUGGAAGUUGCAGUUUCACUCUUCUUAAAAGACUGGAUCAAAGAUGAUUUGCCAUUGUCUUCCAAGAGUGCAGAAAGUAGUGUUCGAAUAUACUUGUGCGUCAGCGGGUACCUAUACUUGUGUUCUCUGAGGCUAUAACAGUGGGUUGCUAUGGAUUGGCUCCCUUGGUUUGCUUGUAUGGGAGACCAUAGAAAUUGAUCAGCUGAAAUAAUCCCUUUUUUUAUUUAUUAGAACCACUAUUAGAACCAGCCUGUCCUUCUGUUACCUGACUUCUUAUUGAUAGUGUCUCUGCUGUUCUAGGAAUUUUGCUUUUCGCUUUGUGUACAUUGUUAUGGUGGACAGCAAUGCAGAUUUCUUUUCGGUUUUCAACCAUGCACUAUACCCUCAGAGCCUCUGCUAAGGUUCUGCUGGGUGGGAAUAUUUUGUUGGUCUAGCUAGCCAGUUAUCUUGAUCCUAUGAUGCAGGUGGAGAUCUCCAGCUUCUACCAUCUUUGUCAGCUGGAGUGUGGCUGUGCAACUGACACGUCCUGUUUUUUUUACCAUAACGCUUUGCACCCACUGGAUGGAUUUUGGAAUGAUUCCCAUAUUCCCUGUGAAUGCAUACAUAUAAAAAUAUCCCAGGGCAGGGCUGUCAGUGCAACUUAAUCACCUGGUCCAGUAUGCUAUUAAAAAGAAAGAAAGAAAAAGGUCCAGCACCCAUCUUUGAUCAAACUUGUUUAGAUUACCCAUUCAGGUGAUUUAUUUAUUUUCCUUUGUAUGCAUCCAUGGAAAUAAGAGCCAGUCUGUAGGCAGCAAAUGUUUCUGGAGAGCUGGCUCUCAAGUAUUUAAUAAGGAACACUAAGGAAAUAUGUUUGAAUAAACAUACCUAUCAGAAUCGUUGAGCCUUCUUUCUCCACAGGCUUCGGCCUGCCUAAAAUGAUUUGAGAAGCUCCUGUCUGACAUUUCCCUCCCGGCCUCCCUACGGAGCAACCCUAACCCCUUGAUACGCCUUGUUGGAGGGGCCAGGAAGUGGCAUCGCCAUCAGUCCCUUUGCCCAGCUCUGCUGUACUCCUCCAGUAGGACCUGCCGCCGCUGCAGAGGUCCCUCCUGUGCCCGCUGAAAGCAUAGGCAGGUGGAAGCUACUGCCAGCAGGAUCCUCAUCAGCAGUAGAUGACAUCCCCCCUCUCCCAAAACAGGGGUCUUGGAAGGGGAGAGCUACCUUAGCUGAUUCAGCUCUUGGCAAUGGGCCCGAUCUGGGUCUUCGUGCUGCGCCAGCCUGGAGCUGGUGCAGCAGAAACUGGAAUAGGAACCUAGGAAAGCUGCCUGAGCCCGAGUCAGACUCACUGGCCCAUCUAGCUCAGUAUUGUCUACACUGACUGGCAGCGGCUCUCCAGGCUUUGGGGCAGGAGUCUUGCCCAGCCCUGCCUGGAGAUGCCAGGAAUUGAACCUGGGACCUUCUGCAUGAAAGGCAGAUGCCCUGCCACUGAGCCAUGGCCCUUCCUCCAUAGGCAGCUUCUGUCUUGCCCUGGCCAGCAUGAGCAGAAGAUAUUUGUAUGCAGCCGUGGCUCUGCUGCUCUGUUCAGCCCUUCUGCUCCCAGGAUCGCUGACCUGCUUGCUUUCCCAGUAGUUUGUGAAUACACCCAUUUCUGAAAUCUCCAUACAGCUCUUUUAAAGAUAAAAUACCUCUUGGAUAAAAUACAUCUCUGCAAGAGACCUCUAAUCAUGUCUUGCAGUUAGUGCCUCCUCCUUUAUGAAGAAAAAAACAUUUGAGCUUCCCCACGUGUAAGCAAGGCACACAUUCAUAUUGUGAGGCUCUCGUGCUUGCCUCUGGUACAGCAGGAGGUAGAGGAGAGGGCCGUGUGGCCUGCUGGGGAGUUUAAAGCACCUGAAGCAGAAGCCUAAGGGGAAAGACCUGCUCUGUCAUCUUACAUAGGUGUGCAGACUGGAGGAGAAGGGAAGCACUGGAUCACAACCCACCUGCCCUGAAGGAAUGAGUGGGCGUCCAACCACUAGGUCAAACCAACCAACGUUUACUGAGUUGCCUAGGAGAGGCCACAGGGAACCUUGAGAACAUAAGAACUUGAGCCUGUUUUAUAGGAGGAGUAAGUGAUGGAAGCUGCAAGUAUUUCCUAUGGGAUAUAUAUCACUUCCACUACUGCCUGAAAUCUCUCUCUGCCUGAUUACCAAAUGACCAGUUACUGAUCAUUUGCAUUCCCCUUUCCCCAGUGGAAAGUAACAAUUUGUUCAAGUUGCAAUAUAAGGGAGUUUCCUCAUCUGUUUUUGGAGCAGGUGUCAAGACACACAGCUUUUGUAAUUCAUAGCAUUCACCCAGAAUGGUUAAUUGUGUAUUUCAUUCGUGCUAGUGCAGGAGCCGUUGAAUGCUUUCCUGGACCAGACCAAAGACCCAUCUAGUCCAGGGCUCUGUUUCCAACCAUGAGUUCAUCAGAGGUGGGGAGCCUGUGGCUUUCCAGAUGUUGCUGGACUCCCAGCUUCCAUCAGACACAGCCAGUAUGGCAGUCAGUUUCAUUAGAUGAACUUAGGUCCCUAUAUCAGAGAGAGAUAGUUUCCCCAACACUACAACUUGAGUGUCCUCUAAUGGGAGGAAGCUGCACAGUGCUUGGCUGAUGGAGGCUGCAGACGUCGUAAAUUGAUGUGCAUUGUUAACUGCUUCGUUGGAAGCUUGUGCAGAUUAUUUCCUGUGGUACAUCAGAGAAAUUACAGCAUGAGCAUUUACAUUUUUAGCUUUAAGCAUAAUAAUGCUUAAAAUAACUAGACUAGCAGGGAGACUGCUUGUAUUUAUAUUUCUGAGGGUACAAAGUAGCAGAAACUAAUUUAAAACCAUUCAUUUUAGUAUUAUUGCUGAUAGAUUUGCCUCCACAGGUAUGUCAUUGGCUCAGAACACCUUUCAGUGUUGUCCUGUGCUAAGAGCAAUUCCAAGUCCAGGAAACUGUCUCUUUGAUGCCAGCUCCCAGUCUAAUUAUUCUGGGAUUCAGUAUUGUUAGGUCUCUUAGGUUGCUUAUGUUACACCAUAUAUGGCAGAAGUUGGGAACCUGUAGCCCUCCUGAUGUUGCUGAACUACAACUCCCAUUAUUCCUGAUCAUUGGCUAUGCUAGCUGGGGCUGAUGGGAGUUGGAGUCGAACCACUUUUGGAGGGCUACAGAUUCUCCUCCCCUGCUAUAUGGGCUGGUUCUAGUCUAGCAGUGGCUGGUCGUGGCAGGGAGAUGGAAACUGUACCAUCACAUCUACUUUCCAAGUGGCCAAAGUGAGGACUGUGCAAUACGUACAAAAUAUUGAGCAGCCUCGGAAAGGUUUACACAGAAUGAUGUAAACAACAGGAUGGGCAAAGUACUUGCUUUGAGCGACUGGAUAACUGCAGGAUUGGCUGGAGAGCCAACUGAAGGUUCUAGGAUCUAUUCCAAAAGUACUGCCCCCUUUCCGUUUUACCACCACCAUCUUCCUAUUUUGAUUUGGGAGUUGGUGGUGAUGACAUCUGUGAGUACUUACUUUGCUGAUCACAGCAGAGACUGCUGGCAUCCCUUUCAAAUGCAUUGUGUUCCACAUGAAAUGCCCAACAGUCUCAUGCAGCUGCAGAUGUGAUGACAGACAAACCAUCUUUCAAGGAAGUUUGCUAGUCAUUGCUAAUCUUACUUUGAAGCCAGACGUGUUCCCAAGGGACUUCUGGUUUUCCUGGAACACACCUUGAAAGUCACCACACUGCACAACCUUGUUUGAGGUGCAGUGGUGGUACAUCAGACUGCUAGCCGCUUCAGAGUGGUUCCGGCACCAUCUUGACUGCACUGGAUCUGCUUGAGGCUUCUUUUCAACAGUGUAUGAUCAAUAAUAAUAAUAAUAGUAAUAAUCUAUAGUGCAUAUCUAAAUUGCUCAAAGAGUAGAGGUAUUGAUGAUCCCUGUAAUCUUUACAAGAAUGGUGUAAAUUUGGAAGCCAGUAUUAGCCUCUUAUUAUAUGAUGGGGAGCUAAGUUUGAGAGACCACUUUCCUGAGGCCUUCCAGUGAGUUCAUGACAAGAAUUGUUCUUAACCAUUGCACAAUACAAGUAGUAAGAGUCCUGUCCGGUCUCUCUUUGAGAAUACAUCUCCACAUUUAAACAAAAAAGAUGUAUAGGGGACCAACAGAAAUCUACAGGGUCAUGUAUUUGCAAAGAGUCUCAGUUGAGGGUAUUUUAAUGUGAAAGGGGGCGGGGAGGAUCUGUCAAAAAGCCCUAAUAUAUCAGGUAUUGAAAAUGUCCAGCCUUUAUUUGGGGCAAUCUUUGUGGGUCAAAUCAAGGUUACUCCUCCAAAGCAAAGAGAAAUGCCCUUUUUGGAGUCACCUCACACUGUGGCUUUUUACCCUCAACCCUGUAAGUAAUGAAUGAAGUGAGCUGUGGUCACAAGACUGGACUUUGUCUUUCAAUGUGGAAUAUCAGAUUAAAUGGCUUUUUUUGUUGUUUCA